ACGAAUCGAAUGUGACUGACUGCUGUGAGUCAGUGACCAGUCUAGUCUGUGACUAUUGAGUAGAAUGUGAACUGGCUUUCGCCGCGGCAUGUGUCUACUGAUUAUAGGGUUCGCCGGCUAGAACGUAGGCCUGAAGUAGAUAGAUUUGGGGUAAUUACACUUCAUCCGGAAUUUUUAUGAUUAUGUCAUGUUACUGUUGAGCCGGUUAGGAGAAAAAUAUAUGCUGUGAACAGGUUUCUUUUUUAUAAUUUUUGUCGGUAUAGAGGCCCUAGUCUAUCCUACUUUUUGAAUAGGAUUGGAAGUACAGGCAUUUUGUCACUGUUCAUAUUUUGAAACUGUGAAUGCGAUUUCAAGUAUCUAAAAAUGCGGAUUUCAUUAUUAUUGAACUCAACUAUGAGCAAAUCGUGUGUUCAAUCCCGUUCACGAUUCCAGCAAGGAAGAAAGUCACAUUUGCUUCCUGGCCAAGAUAACAUACCAUAUCCAUUUAAAGGGUCUAGAAGUAAAGAAGACAUGAGAAGUUCCUUCUACUUAAGCUCGGUUCCUCUCAACUCUAUCAGACAGUUACCCAGCUUUCUCAGUGCCUGCUAUGAACUUAAGUGGUUUAUUAACUCAAGGACUACACUUUCACAGGCAUUAGAUGUUGCAGUUAAACAGAUCUACUCGCUGUCAGUCCUGUUGAUGUUCUACCUCACUCUGGUGCUGGUGUCUGUGCAAGUCGCUGGUCUGGUGAUCAUGCUUUCAUAUGCAGCCUCUCUACCUGUUGGCCUCCAAUUCAUGCUUGUCUCCGUCCUAAUCAUCUCCACUACAGCAUUUCAGAUCAUGUAUAAACAACAAUUUGUGUAACACUUCUCAUAUAUUUUUUUUUUAAUUUUUAAAACUGGUCUAUCUAUUUCUCUUAUAUUCACUUCAAGAUGUAAACUUUAAUAACUAAGUAUAUUUAAAUAAGAUAGUCUCCAUAUAAAGAGGAUGAUUUUAGGAGAGUAUUCAGUACCAAAAUUAUCAUAACUAAAAUAGUGUUUUAAAACACCAUAAUAAUUAUGAUGUUACUUAUUUACAAGAAAUAAUUGGUAUACCAUUGUAUAUGAUAUAGACAUCAUCAUGACAUUUUAUACACUAGUAAAACGUUAGCUAAUAUAUAAAGUCCUAAAAUUAUACAAAAGUGGAUAUAAGUCAAAAUAGCACGUUAAAAAUUGUCGAACUUUAUAUAUUACUAAUAUAUACGAUUAAAAAUGUGCAUCUCUAUUAUAACAUUAAAAAUAUUAUUUUAGGUUAAUUUAUUCUAUACAUAAUCAGUUAACUUUUUAUAUUGUAAUAAAUUUAUUAGCUGACAGUCAUCAUGCAAUUAAAAUUUGUAAUGUUAAUAUUUUUUUUACUGUGAUUAACUUUUUUAUACAAAAUAACAAAUCAGCAGUUCUGGUAGGUGCUGGUCAAGUAUAAUGUGUCCAGAAUGCAACCUUAUUUCAGUUAACUUAUCAAGUAAACCUGGAAAUAACUAUCAACAAAAACCUGGGAUGGGCUGA